CUUUUGCACCGACCGCAGCGCUGCGGAACUAUUUUGCUAACGUACCGGAAAUGGUAGGGGUGACAUUAGAUUUAUGAACGAACGGGAAGGAUGAGGAUGAUGGCAAAGUUGGGCUGUCGGUUUCUCCUCCAGCGGGGAGCGCAGCUCAUUUCUCCUCGGGCAGCGGCUGAAAGCCCUGUCCAGCUGCUGGGUUGUGUCAGGACUGUAAUGAAAGCGACAUGGUUCGAAGAGCACCUUACAGAGGACAACCAGAAGUACCUGAGAAACCUCACGGCAGAAGAAUACAGAAAACAGACAGCCGAGAAGCUCAACCCUCUCAGAGAUGAGCCCUGGCCGCGACACGACUGGACAGAAGGAAGUCGCCGAGUUGGAUUAGUUGCUGUCAAGUUGGGGAUGGCUCCUAUCUGGACUAAAACAGGAGAAAGACACCCAGUCACGUUGUUGCAGGUGCAAGAUUGCCACGUAUUAAAGUAUCUCCCCAAAGAAGAGUUUGAUGGACAGUCAGCUGCUCUUGUUGUUGGAGGGAAGAACGUGUCGCCGUUCCAUAGGUCAGAGAAAGAAAUGGAGAUGUUCAGGAAUGCAGGAGUUCCCCCUAAACAAAAAGUCUCCUUCUUUACAGUGUCUGACAAUGCGAUCAUUAAACCAGGCACUCCUCUUUAUGCAGCACAUUUCCGUCCGGGCCAAUACGUAGACGUCACAGCUAAAUCCAUCGGUAAAGGUUUCCAAGGUGUGAUGAAGCGAUGGGGAUUCAAAGGUCAGCCAGCCAGCCACGGUCAAACCAAAACGCACCGCAGACCGGGAGCUUCUGGACCAGGAGGGGAUCCAGCCAAAGUUUUCAAAGGGAAGAAGAUGCCUGGCAGGAUGGGCAACACGUACGUCACUGCUCACGGACUGAAGAUAUGGAGGGUGAAUACCAAGUACAACGUGCUGUAUGUUCAUGGCACCGUCCCCGGUCACCGGAACUGCGUCCUGAAGGUGAGCGACACGGUACUCCCAACUAGACGCUCUACUCUGCUCAACCCACCUUUCCCCACCUACUUCACCGAAGAGGAGGGCGACCUGGAUGAAGAUCUGUAUGAUGACGACCUGUUUGUUCACACAGAGCCUUCUGUAACACUGACCUGACCUGCUUGUAACUCUGUGUUUUAAUGCUUUAUUAAAGAAAUACUCCCGA